AUGCGCGCUCGCCACGACGCGACGACGCGCCUCGCCCUCCUCCUCUGCCUCGCGCCGGCGCUGGUCGCGCGCGCCGCCCACGUCGUCGAGGACGACGCGACGUUUGCGCCGACGGCCGUCAAGGAGGGCCCGCUGGCGCCCUGCGUCCAGCGCCUCGACUACCACCGCGCGGUGAUGACCAAGACGCUGCUGUCCGUCUCGCUCGGCGCGUUCUUCCUGGGCAUCUGCACCUGCACGAUCUGCGGCGGCCUCUGCUGGUGCGCGUCGGCGCGCAUCUCCAUGUCCGAGGCCGGCGGGCUCGAGCACCAGUUCGACGCGACGUCCGCGCGGUCGCGGUUCCGCGAGUGGAAGCAGAUGCUCAGCGGCGAGCGGCGCUCCGCGCCCGACGACGACAACUUCGGCAUCUCCAUGCGACGGCAGCGCUACGAGCGCGUCCGCAAGGGCGACGCCGCGGGCGACGACGUGCCGCCGCUCGAGGACGCGCACGUCGCGGCGGCGCUCCUGGGCGUCCGCGUGGACGACGGCGAACAGACGAUCCGCGCGGCCUACCGGCGGCUCGCGAUCAAGUGGCACCCGGACAAGUGCAAGGACGCGCGGCCCGGCGCCGCUCCGGUCCCGCGCGAGGAGGCGACGAAGAAGUUCCAGGAGAUCAACCAGGCCUUCCAGGCGCUGAGCCACUGGAAGGAGACGGGCACGGACCUGGACAGCGGCGACGAGGUCCGCGGUCGCGGCGACCGCGGCGCCGACGGAUUCAUGGAUCUCGCGGAGAUGAUGAUGUUCUUCGAGUUCAUGAUGGGCGGCGCGCGCGGCGGCGGCGGCGGCGCGAACGGCGCGCGGCGGCCCCGCGGCGGCGGCGCGCGGCCGCCCGCGCAGUUCGUGGACGUCGACAUGAUGUUCGACUUCGCCUUCGGCGGGCGGCGCGGCGGCGGCGCGUCGACGGGCGCCCCGGCCCACUGGGGCGCCAUGGACGACGACUACGACGACGACGACGGCGAGUCCGGCGAGUCCGGCGAGUCGGACGACGAGUGCGACGAGGGCGACGACCGCGGCGAGCCCGCGGCGGCCGCGCCGCGCGCGCGCCGCGCGGUGCCCAGCGGCGAGCCCGGCGCGCUGAGCGUCGGCGAGCUCAAGGCGCUGUUGCGCGACCGCGACGUCGACUUCAGCGGCUGCCUCGAGAAGAGCGAGAUGCUCCACCUGCUCCUCGACUGGGAGGCGCGCCACGGCGGCGGCGGCAAGGCCGAGGCGGACGCGGCGCGCGACGAGGAGUCCGCGGCGGCGUCCAAGGCGAAGCGCGCGGCGCGGAAGAAGGCGCAGCAGAAGCGGAAGAAGGAGCGCCAGAAGGCCGAGCGGUCCGGCGCGCGGCCCUCCGACGACGCCGACGCCGAGCGCGGCGACGACGACGACGUCUCGGAGCUCCCGGCGGAGCUCGCGGAAAGCGCCGGCGCGCGCGCGCCCGACGGCGCCAACGGCGCGCCGAGCCCGCCCCCGUCGGCGCCCGCGAGCCCCGACGGCAAGACGUCGGCCGCGCGGCGCGCGCAGCUCCGCGACGAGGUGCUCGUCGAGGUCGCGAACGCCGUCGACGCGGGCGACGCGCGCGGCGCCGCGCGCGCGCUGAGCGCCGCGGAGCGCGUGGGUCUGGAGCCCGGCGGCCAGUACCGCGCCCUCUUCGACCACGCCGCUCGACUCGUCAAGGCCGCGGACGACCGGAGCGCCGCGGACGCGGAGCGCCAGCGCGCGAAAGAAGAGGCCGCGAAGCGGAAGCACGACGACAAGCGCGCGCGCCGCGAGCAGCGCAAGAAGGCCCUGGCCGACAAGGCCCAGGUCGAGGAGCGCGAGCGCGAGAAGCGCGAGGCCGAGCGCCGCGAAAAAAAGGCCGCGCGGAAGAAGGACCGCGCGACGUCCGGCGACGCGGCGGCCGCCGCCGCGUCGAGCCCCGCGUCGUCCGCGCCGAACUCGCCGUCCGCGCGGGGCGCGCCGCCGCCCGAGGUCGACGACUUCGCGUUGGAUUCUGAAGCGUUGGCCGGCGGGUCGCCGCCGCGGGCCGAGGACGCGCCGCGCGCGCGCGAGCCGCCGCGGCCGCCGGUCGCGGCGCCGCGCGCGCCCGCGCCCGCGCCGCCGCCCGCGCCCAAGCCGCUGACGCGCGCCGAGCGCCGCGCCAAGGCCCAGGCGGAGCAGGCCACGUCCAAAAAGGGCAAGAAGGCCGCCGCGGCCGCGAAGAAGAAGGGCGCGGCCGCGAAGCCCGCGGGGUCGGCGUCGACGGCGCCCGCGCAGAUGGACCUCGAGCAGCUCGAGGCGGAGCAGCUGCGCCAGGUCAUGCAGAUGUCGCUGGAGCACGCGGCCAAGGAGGAGGAGGAGCGCAAGGCCGCGGCGCGCGCCGUCGAGCGCGCGGAUUUGGCGAGCCGCCGCGAGCGCGAGCGCGAGUUGCAACGCGAGUGGAACAGCAGCCAGCGCCGCGCGGCGGUGCAGCAGACGAAGCAGCGCGAGGUCGAGGCGCGCCGCGAGGCCGAGCUCCAGCGCGCGUCGGCGACGGCGGCGGCCGUGGCGCUGAGCGGCCUGCCGGGCUUCGAGGAUCUCAUCGGCGGCGCGCCGCCGGAUCUCGGCGCGCUCGGCGACGACGACGACGAGCCCCGCGGCGGCCUGGGCGACUUCCCGUCCAUGGGCGGCGACGCCUACGGCUACGGCGUGGGCGCGGGUUUGGGCGACGACGACUACGGCUACGCGCCGCCGGCGGACCGCGCGGCGUUCCCCGCGCGCGCGGCGUCGGCCGCGGCGGCCGCGCCGCCCGCGCCGCCCGCGCCCGCGCGCGCGUCGUCGCUCCAGGGCGCGGCGGCGGAGUUCCGGCCCGGCGCGGCGGCGGCGCCGCCGGCGGCGGCGCGCGAGCCCGCCGCGGCCGCGCCCGCGUUCGGCGCGGCCGGGUCGCUCGCGCGGCCCGGCCCGUCGGGCGCGUCGGGCUCGCUCGCGCCCGCCGCGCGCGGCGCCUUCGGGGGCGCGUCGCGGCCGGCGGCGGCGCCGGGGUCGUCCCCGCCGCCGCCGGGGAGCCGCGGCGGCUACGGGUCGCCGCCGCCGGCGCCGGGGGGCCUCGGCGGCGCGUCGAACUCCGGCUCCGCGUCGAACCUGCCGUCCGUCGCGGGCCUCGUCGACGGCCUCGGCGCCGGCGGCGGCUGGGGCGCGGCGACGCCGUCCCACUCCGUCGACGACUCGCUGCGCAUGGCCAUGGAGAUGAGCCGCCAGUCCGAGCUCGCGGACGCGCUCUCCGCGCUCGACGACAGUCCCGCGCGCGGCCGGGGUUUGGCGCGCGGCGCGCCCGGCGACCUCGACCUCGGCGGCGGCGGCGGCCUGGGCCUCGGCGCGCCCGAGUUCGUGCCCGGCGCCUUCCGGGCCGACGACGCCGGCGACGCCGACGGCGCCGGCUGGGGCGGCGCCGGGCCCUUCGGCUUCGGCAAGCCGGCCGCGGCCUUCGGCGCCGGGUUUGGAGCGCAGCCGGCCGACGACGGCGACGACGGGGAAGGCGACGACGACGCGCUCGGCCUCGAGGCCGCGCUCGGCUCCCUCGUCUCCGGCGACUCGUAG